CUCCUCCAGUGAGGCAGGCAGCGGCUCGGCUCUCAGACUGAAGCAGACAGACAAAGGCGAAGGGGAGAGACGGCGUGCUUCUAUCCUGCAGCAUCGACUCACACACUCACAUCCACUCCCCACACACACACACUCCCUUCACUCCGCAAGCAGCGACGCAGACUCUUCGGAGCUGGUCACCACCACCGCACAUUUGUCACAACCAUCACAACUUUCAGUCAUCAUGGAGCUAGACUUUGGACAUUUUGACGAGCGAGACAAGGCAUCCCGUACCCCGCGGGGUGGGCGCAUGAAUGGACUCCCCAGCCCUACCCACAGCGCCCACUGCAGCUUCUACCGCACGCGCACUCUCCAGGCCCUCACCAGUGAGAAGAAAGCCAAAAAGGUGCGCUUCUACCGCAACGGAGACCGCUACUUCAAGGGCAUCGUGUACGCUGUGGCCAACGACCGAUUUCGCACCUUUGACUCCCUGCUGGCUGACCUCACGCGCUCGCUGUCUGACCACAUCAACUUGCCACAGGGUGUCCGCUUCAUCUUCACUAUUGACGGCUCUCGUAAGAUCGGAUCCAUGGAUGAGCUAGAGGAAGGGGAAAGCUACGUUUGUGCAUCAGAGAACUUCUACAAGAAGGUCGACUACACAAAGAAUGUCAACCCCAACUGGUCCGUGAAUGUAAAGGCCUCAGCAAGCCAGAAGAACAUGCAGUCCUUAGCUGCCAAGGCCGCGAACGAGCCCAGAGAGACCAAGGACUUUGUUCGACCCAAACUUGUGACCGUGAUGCGCAGUGGUGUGAAGCCACGCAAAGCUGUGCGCGUCCUGCUCAACAAGAAAACGGCGCACUCCUUCGAGCAGGUCCUCACUGACAUCACAGAGGCCAUUAAACUUGAAAGUGGCGUGGUCAAGAGGAUCUACACACUUGACGGCAAGCAGGUUACCUGCCUUCAAGAUUUCUUUGGUGAUGACGAUGUCUUCAUUGCGUGUGGACCAGAGAAAUUCCGCUAUGCCCAGGAUGACUUCUCUCUGGAUGAGAACGGUGAGAGAUACAGCUUCAGUCUGUAUUUUACAUCAUGUAAUACAGCAAGCAAAGAGUGCAGGGUGAUGAAGGGACCCAAAACUCCACGUGGUUCAGUAAAGAGUCCUGGUCCGAUCAAGCGCAGCAAGUCUCCUGCUGAAUCGACCAAUGGGACGGGCUCCAGCAGCCAGCUCUCCACCCCGAUUUCCAAGCAUUCCCCUACCUCCACCCCCACCAGUCCAGGCCUGAACAACAAGCAGAAGGAUCUCUACCUGCCCUUAUCUCUGGAUGAUGAUGAUUCUCUCGGCGAAUCCAUGUAGACUCUCCUCCUGCAGCCUGCCUCCCUUUUUUGGCCUGAAACACAGAAGUUUUUAUACCUCUGCUGCUUUCCACCUUCACUCACAGUGCCACCUGUUGUCUAGGAGAACCACUCUUUGUCUCUUUUUAAGGCCUUAGCCACCAGGGCUAUGACACCAUUUGCUGCUUGAGAAUAACACAAACACCUUUUUUCUUUUUUUAAAUCAGUUUCAACCACUUUGUAACAAUCAGCUCACUGAUGUUCAGACAUGUUUUUAUGUGGAGGUUAGCCACUGUUUUUUAAAAGGGUACACACUUCACUGACCCACAGAUUUCAUGGUGUAAAAGCUUCUCUCAGCUGUCUCAGACAUUUUGUUGAAGGAUUCACUCUGACUUCAAUGUUUCAGUCACACAAUUCCAAGCAGCAAAUGGCCAUUUUUAGGGGUGUUAGUCAGAACUGACUCAACUUUUGUAUCACUUGUAUUUGUGACGUUCCUCCAUGUCCCUCUGUCCUCCUGCCCUACGGUUAAUGGUGUGAAAGGUAAUGGUUCCUCGUCAGAGGAAGUUUGCUAAGCCAGAGAACGUCUUUCUAACCCGCUGUAAAUACUGUGUAUAGCUAUCCAUCAUAACAUCUCUGCCCAAUGUCCAUUGCUGUGCUUCCAUAACGUCACUACAAUAUCUGUCUAACAUUUGCUCAACAUAAUACAGGGUAUGGUCAAAGUAAAAGAAGCAACCAAAAUGAAGUCCCACCACAGAGGGUGAGGAUGUGUGGGAUGCAGCUCCUGACUGAAGAGGAUUGUUGGUCGGAAGCCCACACCUCCUCGAUGACAAUUCAUGUUCCCUACAUGAGAAAUUAUAAAACCGUAAUUGUGUAAAAUGAUACUAUUUAAACUACCAUAAAUCCAUAUGUUUAUGCUGUAAUUGGCGUUCAUCUUGUCCAAUCAGAGACAAGGCGGAGAAAAAGCAUCUCACAUAGCCCUCAUGGGAAAUCUUUAUGUUGGUGUUUCCUCCAUUUUGACCCUCUACAUAGACAGUAGGCUAUACAUGGUAUAUAUACCCUCUGUGUUUUAGAUUUUCACAAACUGCAGUGCAUGAUAUUGGUGAAUGGUUAUGAAAUUUUGGGCAUGUAAAAAGCUGAUUGAAAGGACCUAACAAUGCAUAAAACAACCAAAGGAAAAACAAUUAGGCCCUUGUUUAAAAAAAAAAAAGAAAAAAAAAAAAGAAAAACCAACACACAUGCAGUAUACAGUUUUAUUGACCAAGUCUAAAUAAUUCCCUUUCCCUUCUUCAUCACAAAUAGUGGUGACAUUUUAUCGUUCAAUGUGUGAAAUUCAAAGAUAAAUAAAGGUCUCAAAGCCAAAGUAUGAUUUUAGAUAAAGAAUUAUAGAAAUGGGGAAAAUAUGUAAUUUUAUUAGUUGUAAAAUUCUUUAAAUGUUCUGGAGGAAACACGUCUGGAGAUUUAUGCAUGUUACUUUUUAAACACAUCAGAAAAAGGUCAAGAUUAAAUCAUGCUCAUCUGAGGCAAUUGGCGUUGUCAGGGCUCUAAACUUUAGUGGGAUUUCUCCUGUUUUGCAUGGCUCAGCAUAGUUCUCAGAUACAGGGGAGAUGAAAACAUAACGGUUGUCUAAAUCCAUGUGUGGGUUUUAAAUUUUAUAAAGUUUAUUAAUUUAUAUCAAGGGUACUUGUCUAGGAUUUCUUUUCUAGUUUUAACUUGCUCACACGAGCUCUAAACACUAGUACUUUUUUCAAGCCUCUGUGUGCAACUUUCUAUCGCAAUAUGUCUUUUUCUGUAGUCAUGACUUGCAUCAUGUGUCUUACAAAAAUGCUAGGAGUUUUCUCAGAUUUUGCAGGGAAUCAAACCUGAGAAUCUCUAAAUUGGAAAACACUGAAGCACAAAGCAGGGAGCUACUUUUUCAUCACGGCAACAAACACUUUACUGUCUACUUGCCAGCAUUACAAUGCGUGACCACAAUUCAUUUCUCAAUGCUUUUAUUAAGUGGUAAAAAUGCUGCACGUGUAGCAUCUUUUAAAUUAACAUCUAUGCAUUCGGAUUAAAGAGUAGUUAAAAAAAAAAAAAAAGUUUUUCUUUUGUGUAGAGGAUGGCCUUUUUAUACCCAAUAUCAUGAUAAGAAAUGAACUAAAACUGAGAUUUCCAUGCAGUUAUUCCUUUGUGAUGACGUGACCGUCUGAAAGUUGUAUGUCUUAGGAGAGAUCCGGUGUCCGCCCUCUGGAUAAGCUUUGAAUAGCUGUUUUCAUCAGCCACUUAACGCUCAUGACACACUGCUACAAAAAUAUCUGGUGCUGUGAACUACACCUUUCUCCUGCAGGGAGCGCUGUCACACCAGCACAACGGCUAAUAAUAUCAGCUAAUCCAACAGCAGGGACGCCUCACUUUACCCACCAGUUUGUACAAACGCCCCAUUUGUUGUCAUUUUUCUCAAGCUAUCAGUUCUGUAUAACCUUACAUGCUAAUAAUGGUCUUGUUUCCUUGAUUUUUCUACAGCUUAUUACAGCGCUACAGCAUAUUAAACAUGAACAGAAAAUGUUGGUUGUCUUGUGUAAACCGGCCGCCACCAUGUAAGAUGGAUGGUGUGAAUUCAUCACCCACAGUGGUGCCUUUUCUUUUUCUUUUUUUUUUAAGAUUACUGUUUGAUAAAAUAAAUGAAAUGGGACAUCGAAGGCUUGUUCUUUGUUAACAGCUGUUUGUAAAACAUUUUUAAAUGUCUUGAAUGGGGAAGCCUCCCAACACAUCUUGUUUUGUAGAGUUACAGGACACUUUAUCAUGGUGUAAAUACGCUCCCUGUUCUUUCAUAUGUAUGCCUUUCUGAUCGAAUGAAUGACUUUUUUUUCUUGGAAAUUUACAGCGUCCUUUUUUAGUGGUAUUUUGCAAUGUCACAGUGGCUUGUUUCAGUGCUUCAUUCAAUGUAUUAACCGGUAUCCUUUUGCAAUUAAAACAGUUGUAUUUCA